GCGGGCGCGCCCGGGGACUGAUGGCGGAAGUGGACCUGGUCGCCGAGUUUCCCAAACCUGCGAAUGCUGCGCGCUUUGCCGAGGUUAUGGGUCGCUUCGUCGCCAGGCUGGGCGCGCAGGGCCGGCGAGUGGUGUUGAUCACGUCCGGCGGCACCAAAGUUCCCCUGGAAGCCCGGCCAGUGCGCUUUCUGGACAACUUCAGCAGCGGUCGGCGCGGCGCUAUCUCGGCCGAGGCCUUCCUGGCCGCGGGUUACGGGGUCUUGUUUCUCCACCGCGCUCGUUCCGCCUUCCCCUUUGCCCACCGCUUCCCGCCCCAGACCUGGCUGUCGGCGCUGCGGCCCUGCGGCGCAGCCCCUUCGGGCUUGCUGAGUCUGGAGGCCGAGGAGAAUGCACUUCCGGGCUUCGCGGCGGCUCUGCGGAGCUACCAAGAGGCUGCGGCUGCCGGCACCUUCCUGGCGGUGGAGUUCACCACUUUGGCGGACUAUUUGCAUCUGCUGCAGGCUGCGGCCCAGGCGCUCAAUCCGCUGGGCUCUUCUGCGAUGUUUUACCUGGCUGCGGCCGUGUCAGAUUUCUAUGUUCCUGUCUCAGAAAUGCCUGAACACAAGAUCCAGUCAUCUAGGGGCCCACUGCAGAUAACAAUGAAGAUGGUGCCAAAAAUGCUUUCUCCUUUGGUUAAAGACUGGGCUCCCAAAGCAUUUAUAAUUUCCUUUAAGUUGGAGACUGACCCUUCCAUCGUAAUUGAUCGUGCACGGAAUGCUUUGGAAGUUUAUCGACAUCAAGUGGUGGUGGCUAAUAGCCUUGAGUCACGACACUCCUCUGUGGUUAUUUUAACGAAAGACUCCGAGACCAAGAUAUUGCUAUCAGAGGAAGAAGUAGAAAAAGGCAUAGACAUAGAAGAGAAGAUAGUGAGUGAUCUUCAGUCUCGACACACAGCUUUUAUACAUGACAACUGAAGUUAAAAGCCUUUGUAGGAUCAAAAAUUGUUCAGUGGGAAAAAAAAAUUGUUCAGUGGAUCAGGACUUGUUUUCUAAGUGGUGAAAACAAGUCCUUUGCUUUCAUGAAGACAAAAUAUGAAGGGAAAGAAACAGUGAGUGGUAUGCAGGUGAAGGUAGUUUGGUAUUUGUCUAUUAAAGGUCAUUUCAUACACAAUAAGAAUGAAAACAAAAGCAAAGCAAUUAUGACCAAACCACCUGACACACUUAUCUGAUUAUCACCUGGAUUUUGAAAAUGAACACAAGCUGUUCGUCACCUUUAGAAAAAGAGCUUAUUGGGAAUUAUAUUCCCCAGCGUAUACAUGUGAGGCCUGAAUAUCAACCUUCUUACUAUGAGAAGGAUUAUGGAUGCAUGAAUGGCCAUGCCUUAAAGAUCAAAUAUUUCUUGAUGCCUGCUAUGUGGUAGGCCCUGAGGAUUAUGAGGAUUAAAACGAUGAAUAAAUAUGUCUGUCUGGGAAAUGGGUGUAUGAAAAAUAAAGUGCAAUAAAGCUUGUGCCCAAAAGCCAA